UGCUGAUAUCUUGACAAAAAAUUGCUUGUCUACAGUGGAUUCAAGAUUUGAAUUUUGUAAAUUCUAAUAUUCUAUGAUAUGGUCUGGUCUCAGUUAUGAGUAAUUGAGUUUUGAAUUGAACUUUUAACACGCAUACAAGAUUUAGACCUAAGUUAUUGAGUUGUGUCAAAUCAAAUAUACUAGCUCCGCCCUGGGGCCCAAUGCAUCCAGCUGUUUAAUUUUGAUAUAUGCAAACAUACACCAAAGAUAAGACGGCCUGAAAAAAUAAUGGAAAAUUCCACUGUGACGUAAUUGUCAAGUGUUGAAUUCUUCCUAAUGUUUUCAGUAGUGUCAAUAUGAGAUUACAUACGCAAAUCCACUUUAUAGAGUAGUUGUUAGUCUGUUAAGUUAAUGGAGUAGUUGCAUUUCCAUCUCAUGUGGACUUGAUAAAAAACAGUCAAAUUCAAGAAUUUCUUCUAACUACAUUUCAGUCGAUUAUCCCAAUGGAUUCUCCUCUGUUACAUGAAUUCAAAAGGCAGGCUUCCUUCUUCCUCAAAGAGAAAAUCAAGACCGCUCGACUCGCGCUUACAGAUGUUACUCAUACUCAACUGCUGGCUGAAGAAGCUACAACUGGAGAUUUGAUUGCACCAAACAUGCAAACUAUGAGACUAAUAUCUCGUGCAGCUUUUGAAGUUGAUGAUUAUUGGAGAAUAGUUGAUAUUCUGCAUAACAGGUUGUCGAAAUUUGAUAGAAGAAAUUGGAGAUCAUCUUAUAAGGCCUUGAUGUUAUUAGAAUACCUGUUAACUCAUGGACCAGAAAGUAUUGCAGAGGAAUUUCAAAGUGAUGAAGAUGUAAUCAGACACAUGGAAGAUUUCCAAUAUGUUGAUGAAAAAGGGUUUAAUUGGGGAUCAAGCGUUAGAAACAUGUCCGAGAGGGUUAUAAAGCUAUUUGAAGACCGGAGUUUCCUGAAAAAGGAGAGGGACAGAGCGCGAAAAGUGACAGUUGGAAUAAAAGGAUUUGGGAGUUGCUGCAAACGUCCUGUUUCACGCGAAGAAAGCAUGAAAGAAGCCAUUGCCGAGAGGUACCUGAGAAGCAAUUCUGAGUUUACUGACAGCCAAAAUAAGGAGAACCAGAUCGUGGCCUCAGAUAAAGGAUUCUCUUGCAAGCAAAAAUUGGGAAAAAGUUGGAAUAUAAAAAGUGUUAUAGAUGAUACAAUUAGUGAUGCCAUGGAAUGGAAUCAACAUCCAUUUUAUGAUAAUCACAGCCGAGCUUCAUUGCUUUCCAUCUCUGGAUUAAGCAGCAAAGCAAUAUCGCGAUCAUUGGAGAAGAAAAAAGAAGUGUAGGAUAAGAAGCUCUAUUUGGUAGAAGUUGUGUUAAGUCUCUGUUUUCAUGUCAAUGGAACUUCCCUUACAACAGAGAGAUACAUAGUUCAAAGCAGAGCACUUUAGACAUAAAGAUGGAUACUGUCAAUUCAUAGUUGCUUACAAAACUUGCCAAAGUUCCCCUUCUUGUUAGGUACUUGAAUAUUUUGCCUAA